AUGUCGAGCGGUCGCAGUCGUUAUUCGGGUUCUAAUUGGCAAAAAGUUGCCUGCACAGCUACUGGUAUCGUGUUUGGUAUAACUGCGGUCUGGUACUACGCUGUCAGACGCACCUCAAAACCGGAUAAAACAGAGAAUGAACGUCUCAGUUCAUUUACUUCUCAAUGCAUCCUAAUGACUCCAUCUAUUAGCAAGUUAAAGACGAUGGAUUGGUCAUCAGUGCUCAAAUAUGAUGUCGUGUUGCUGGUGCCACCUGAGGUAGAAUUCCUAGCUGACACAGACCUCGCCUCCAACAAUAAUUAUAAAGUUCUGUAUUGUGACACUAUGUCUGGCUUAUGGUCCUGUAUAAGGCACCUCCGAAAACAUCAACUGAUAUAUGUUUCAGAAGAUCUCCAAGAUACUAUGCCGCAAGAUAUACCGAGAUAUGUGAAAUCGAUCAUUGAUUUGAAAUCAAAUGAAACCCUGCAAUACUUCAAUCUAAAAUGA